AUGAAGGCAUUCGGCGCAUGGCUCCUCGCGGGCGCCGCUGGCCUCGCCGGCCUCGCCCGUGGUCUCGCCGACACUGAUACCAUUACCUGGGGUGGUGAUAACUCCAGAGCUGGGUACCAGACCAACCACAACAUGGACCCCUCCGUUGUUGGCAGCAACCAGUUUGGCCAGAUCUUCAAGGUCCUUUUGCCCGGCAACUAUGGCGGUGCUCCUGAACAAAUCUUUUCCCAGCCUCUCGUUUACACGCCCAGCAGCGGCACGACGCAGUACGUCUACUGGGCCACCACCCAGAACAACCUAUACAAGAUGAACGCCAAGACUGGUGAGAUCGUCGCAAAGCGCAACCUGCAUAUUCCCUUCCUCACUGCCGACCUCGACGGCUGCGUCGACAUCAACCCCAACAUCGGCAUCACUGCCACGGGUGUUAUUGACCCCAGCACCGAGACCCUCUACCUCACAGCGAAGACCUACCUCGACCAGACGGUCCUCAACACGGCCCAGGGCAGACCCGCCGGCCGCUACUACGUCCACGCCAUUGAUGUCAACGACUUGUCCGAGCGGCCCAAUUUCCCCGUCAACUUGGAGAACAUCAAGGCUACAAACAACCCCGACCGUAUCUUUACCGCCGGUAUUCACCACCAGCGACCCGGCCUGCUCCACGUUGGCGACUACGUAUACGCUGGUUUCGCCUCUCACUGCGUCCAGUACGACUUUAGCGGUUGGAUUAUCGGCUGGCACAAGACGACCGGCAAGAUUGUCGAAAGCUGGGCUACCGAAGGCGCCAAUGUUCCCGUCACUACCAAGGGUGGUGGUGUUUGGAUGUCCGGCGGUGGUCUUGCCUCGGACGACGCUGGCUCCGUCUUCUUCGCUACCGGCAACGGAUACGCUUCUCAGCUCGCCACCAUCCCCGUCAAGGGCUUUGAGCCCCCUACUUCUCAGGAAGAGUCUGCCGUUCACAUGACCCUUCAAGCUGACGGCAGCCUGAAGAUUGUCGAUUUCUUCAUGCCCUGGGAGAAGCAGGCUCUCGACGGCGCCGACAAGGAUCUCGGCUGUUCUCCUCUCGAGCUGCUGCCUCCACAGUUUGCCUGCGGUGACAUCAAGCGCGUUGGCGUCAUCACUGGCAAGAGCGGCAAGACAUACUGGCUCAACAUGGACAAUCUCGGUGGUUAUCGCAAUGGCGCUGACAACCGUGACGCCGUCAUUCAGGUCUACCAGAACGACAACUCUGUCUACGCCGGUGCUGGUGUGUACCCUCUUGAGGGAGGAUACAUCUACAUCAACGUUAUCCAACACCCGUCCAACAUCUUCAAGUACUCGUGCGUCAACGGCGUUCUGUCCUUCCCCAAGGUCGCUACGACAGCCGAAACCAAUGCCUACAUUCUUGGUGUCAGCCACGGCACCACGACGUCGCUCAACGGUCAGCCUGGCACUGGUCUUUUCUGGGUCACUGACGUCCAGGGUCUCGGCCUGAGAAUCUAUAAUGCCGUUCCCCAGGGUGGCACCAUGAACAUGAUCAACUCUUUCAGCAUUCCCGGCGUCAACAAGUUCACUCGCCCCGUUUUCGGAGAUGGACUCGUCUACAUCGGAACUAACCAAGGCUACGUUUACGCCUACGGCUCGCCCGUCAACGCACCUCUCAACUGUACUUCGCCUACCGACUUUGGCAGCGCAGACAUCAAGUCUAACAGCACCAGCAAGCAGGUUACUUGCACUGCCAUCAUUGAUCUUUCCGUGACCGGCAUCGAGCUCAGCGACACCACCGACUUUGCUCUUGCUGCUUCUACUCCCGUGCCAUUCAACGUUGCCAAGGGCACUUCCUUCCAGGUCUCCGCCGCCUUCUCCCCCAGCAAGGUCGGCCUGUUGUCCGCUGAUAUUAUUGUCAACACUACGAACUCGGUCGGUGGCUACAGCAUCAACAGCCAUGCCCGCCUCACGGGUACUGGCGAGAGUACUUCGCCACUUCUCGAUGUCGCCCCCAACACUGUCACCUUUGAUGCCGUCGUCACCGGCGACGACCCCAACGGCGUCCAGCAGCAAUUCCUUAUCAACAACUUGGGCAACUCCAAGCUCACCAUCCAGAGUGUCAUGUAUUCCGCCAACAAUGCUAGCGGCCCUUCGUCCACCUGGAGUGGUACGGGUGACUUGGUUGUCGGACAAUUCACCGUCAAGAACAUUCCUACCACCCUCGACGGCCACAACACUUCCUCCGUCACCGUCAUCUUUGAUUCGUCCAAGAGCGGCACCUACUCUGGCUUCCUCAAGUUCGUGUCAGAUGGUGGCACCAAGUCGAUUUCUCUCGCUGCUUCAGCUGGUCCUGCCGCCAAGGCUGUACUUGAGUUCCAGACCGUUGAUGGACAGGGCUGGGUGAAAUAUGUCGCGGGCACACCCUUUGACUUUGGUAAUGUUACCGAGAACCAAGCGCGCCCUCUCAAGUUUCGCAUUACCAACGGAGCUACCUCCGGCGGCGUCAAGCUCUCGCUCACAGUCUCCAAGCCUCCUUUUGGAGUCGACGGUCUCAUCAAGGCUGCCAAUCAGGUCGACCUCGCGGAAGGCACUUCUUUGGCCCCCGGUGAGAGCGGCACCGCUGUUCUUACUUGCAGCGCCCCCAAGAGCCAGUGGAACGUUGCUCCCACGAACGGAACUGCCGUCUGGACUGUCAACACCAACGACCCUACCAUGGGAAAGCAGGUUAUCCAAUUCUUCUGCACUGCUGUUUCUGAGCAAGCGCCUCCUCUGCUUAGCAAUGGCCUAGGCCAGUACCGCUACAAGGGCUGUUUCCUCGAAAACAACCCUGGUCGUCAGCUCCAGACCCAGCUCUAUGGAAACGACAACAACACCAAUGCCAUGUGUAUUGCUGCUUGCGCCGCUGGCAAGUAUCUCUACUGCGGUACCCAGUACCACCGUGAGUGCUGGGCUGGCAACUACAUUCCUGUCAAGCAGGUGGAUGACACUAACUGCAACUUUGACUGCUCCGGUGACUUGAACCAGAUUUGCGGUGGUAACGGUGACGGCGCCGCCACCUACAUCUCUCUCUUUGUUGACUCCAACGGCAAGGAGACUGGCCCUCCCACGGCCCCUGGCGUGAACCCGGGUGUCGAUGGAUACAACAGCAUCGGAUGUUACACUGAGGCCACGGCUGGUCGUGCUCUUCCUAACGGCGCUAAUAUUGCCAAGAAGACUGUCAAGAGCUGUGUCGACGCUUGCGCGACUGGCAACUACGUCUAUGCCGGUCUUGAGUACGGCGGCGAAUGCUGGUGUGGCAAUUCUUUUGCCGCCGGCGCUGUCCCUGCACCCAUUUCCGACUGCAACAUGGUGUGCAAUGACAAUGGUACCGAGUUCUGCGGUGCCGGAUCACGUCUCAACGUGUAUCAGCUCAACGGCAGUGGCACCAGCUCGAGUUCUUCCAGCACUCCCAGCGCGACGACAUCGUUGACUGCCUCUACUGCCUCUAGCACUAACGGCACUGUUACCACUGGCGUCCCCACGACUGCCACAACUGCCACGACCACCACCCCUACGACCACGACAACCACGACCAGCAGCAGCACACCCACGCCCACUGGCCCCGCUAGAAAGGCCGUCGUGAAUCAGACCUGGAACUUGCAGGGUUGCUGGACCGAGGCCACCAACAUGCGCGCCCUGUCCGAUAAGACGUAUGCCGACGACAAGAUGACGCUCGAGUCUUGCGGCACUUUCUGCAAAGGCUUCACGUACUUUGGUGUCGAGUAUGGACGGGAAUGCUACUGCGGCAAUAAGCUCAACGACGGCUCGAUCAAGGCGCAGCAGAAUGACUGCUCCUUUAUCUGCCCGGGUGACGGCUCCGAGUACUGUGGCGCUGGAAACCGACUGGAGCUUUACAUCAAAGCCCCGGCUACUAGCUCCUCGACCACGACCACUGCUACGAGCUCUUCGACUCCCAGCCCUUCAGCUACUGUCUCGUCAGCUAGCAGCUCUUCGACAGUCAGCUCCUCAGCUACGCCGACCGACAACAAGCUCCCAACCGACAGCUCGUCUAGUGCUUCCAGCAGCACCACGCCUGUGACAACAUCAACAACCUCUAGCAGCACAACUGCCACUACCAGUAGCACAACGACUACUAGCAGCACAGCGACUACUAGCAGCACAACCACGACCACCCCCAGCUCUGCCACCACUAGCUCGGCCACCACUAGCUCUACCACCUCGACGCCCUCUACCUCCAGCGCGACUACCUCUAGCACGACUACAACACCGUCUGCCACCUCCAGCACCUCCAGCACCUCCAGCACCUCCAACACCUCCAGUACCUCUAGUACUGUCGUGACUUCAAGUUCUGCUUCAUCUAGCACCGCGACUUCGAGUGCAACCACCUCGAGUGCGACAUCGACACCGUCUACCACCACCACAACUUCAAAGACCAGCUCCAGCACCACGACUUCUGCCAAGCCUACCUCGACCAGUCCCGUCAUCAGUGAAGGCAACGUCAACUACACCUAUUACGGCUGCUUCUCUGAGCCGAACAAGGGCCGCCUUCUCACCACUCAGAUCUACAACAAUGCGACGGACCAGUCCAUCGAAAAGUGCUUGCAAAAGUGUGACGCCGCCCAGGCGGGCUACAACUUUGCUGGCGUCGAGUACGGUCAGGAAUGCUGGUGUGGCACGACGCUGCGACUGGACGGCGGCCAAUCCGCUACCACGCCUGGCAAAAACGUCUCUGGCUCUGACUGCAGCUUCUUGUGCCCUGGCAACAAGACAGAGUACUGUGGCGCUGGCGUCAGACUGAGCACAUAUGUGCUCAAGUCGUGGCUCAAGAAGCAGAGCGCAGCCAGUGCGCCCGUCAAGCUCAAGUAUUAG